UCCCAACUUUGUUCAGUUCCCGUCCUCCCAUCUACUCAUCUUAGGAUUGUUUUAACUGCUGACAAUGGCUACCGCAACUCUCGCUCCUGCCGUAUCCUCAAAUCUCCGCCAGGAUUGCUGGUCCCCUGUGACAGCUAGGAGCGCAUCUCGCCUAUCCUCGUCGCUCCUCGCCUUGCCACUUUCGAAUCGUCGCCAUGCCAGUGCAUCGCGACCAGUCGUCGCAGCACCACCCAGGAGACUAGCAGUGCGGGCUAGCUUCGGCGCGCCGAGCUCUGGCGCACUGUCGCCUGAGUUAAAGUCGGCAUUAGACAAGUUCGUGGCUGAGAAUAAGGUCGUUCUCUUCAUGAAGGGCACCAAGCAGUUUCCACAGUGCGGCUUCUCCAACACCUGCGUGCAAAUCCUUACCACGCUGAACGCGCCCUUCGAGACAGUCAAUAUCCUUGAGGAUGACAGGCUACGACAGGGACUCAAGGAGUACAGCAGCUGGCCUACCUUUCCUCAGCUCUACAUCGAUGGGGAGUUCUAUGGCGGUUGUGACAUUACCAUUGAGGGUUUCCAAAGUGGGGAGCUGAAGGAGACCAUUGAGAAGGCACUGCUUAGUUGAAGUACCGGUACCUAAGCCAAGAGCACUUCUAUGUUCAGUACAGUUUAUGCUUAGAUAAUUCCCUGAUCAAAAUGUUUCUCCAGUAUGCUGAAGUCUUGUACCAUUUCACAAGAAGCCUUCGAUAUCCUUAGGGUGUG